AAGGCAGAUUAUUAUUUUAGCAACGAAAUAUUUUGGGUGGCUCUCCUCUUUGAAAGGCUAACCAAUCUGGAAAACGGCCCAUACACAGGGAGUAAUUUCUCGACAACAUUCUACUCAAUUUAUGUUAUUAUUAUUAUUAUUAUUAUAUCAUUAUCUCUAAUAAAAACGUGUUUAAGGUAACUCCUUCCGAAACACGUGGAAGCCCGCACCUCUAUAUAUUCAAAACCUCACCUCCACUUCAAUAGAAAUCUCGAACCCUAAGCCCUCGCUCGGAUUCUACUCUCUCACGGUAACACGUAUUCAGGAGAUCUAUCUUCUGCUCACCCUUCCGGUUCAAGAGAUUGAUAUUGAAGAUGGUGUCUGACGCCAGCAAGAAGAAGGCUGCGCAGAAGAAGGCGGCGGCGGCGGCCAAGAGAGGAGGUAAAGCGGCAGCUGCUGCUGCUUCGUCCAAAACGACGUCCGAGAAGGCAGCCGACAAGCUUGCCGACGGAAUUGGGGAUAUUCAGAUUUCCGAUCGGACCUGCACCGGUGUCCUCUGCUCCCAUCCUCUUUCCAGGGAUAUUAGGAUAGAAUCUCUGUCAGUUACUUUCCAUGGACACGAUUUGAUAGUUGAUUCUGAUUUGGAGCUAAACUAUGGAAGGCGUUAUGGCUUGCUUGGAUUAAAUGGUUGUGGAAAAUCUACCUUGCUUACGGCAAUAGGUUGCCGAGAGCUACCUAUUCCUGAACAUAUGGAUAUAUAUCACCUUACCAGGGAAAUUGAAGCCUCUGACAUGUCUGCAUUGGAGGCUGUCAUAAGCUGUGAUGAGGAAAGAUUGAGGUUGGAGAAAGAAGCAGAAACUUUAGCAGCACAGGAUGAUGGAGGUGGUGAAGCUCUAGAACGUGUUUAUGAAAGACUUGAAGCCAUGGAUGCAUCAACUGCAGAAAAGCGUGCUGCUGAAAUUUUAUUUGGUCUUGGUUUCAACAAGCAGAUGCAAGCAAAGAAGACUCGUGAUUUUUCUGGUGGCUGGAGAAUGAGGAUUGCUUUAGCUCGUGCUCUAUUUAUGAAUCCGACCAUUCUUUUACUUGAUGAACCAACCAAUCACCUUGAUUUGGAAGCUUGUGUUUGGCUGGAGGAGAAUUUGAAGAAGUUUGACCGCAUUCUGGUUGUGAUUUCACACUCCCAGGAUUUCCUUAAUGGUGUCUGCACAAAUAUCAUUCACAUGCAAAACAAAAAGCUGAAGCUUUACACUGGUAAUUAUGAUCAAUAUGUUCAGACACGUGCUGAACUGGAAGAGAACCAGAUGAAGCAGUAUAAAUGGGAGCAGGAGCAAAUUUCCUCGAUGAAGGAAUACAUUGCCCGAUUUGGCCAUGGAUCAGCAAAACUAGCUCGCCAAGCUCAGAGUAAAGAGAAAACUCUUGCAAAAAUGGAGCGGGGUGGACUCACAGAGAAGGUGGUAAGAGACAAAGUUUUGGUAUUCCGCUUUGUUGAUGUGGGGAAACUUCCCCCACCUGUCCUCCAGUUUGUAGAGGUUACAUUUGGUUACACUCCUGAUAAUCUGAUCUACAAAAACCUUGACUUUGGGGUUGAUCUAGACUCUAGGAUUGCCCUGGUUGGACCCAAUGGAGCUGGGAAGAGUACGUUACUGAAGCUAAUGACCGGGGAUUUGGCUCCUAUAGAUGGCAUGGUUCGACGUCAUAAUCACCUUCGAAUCGCACAAUUUCACCAGCACUUGGCUGAAAAGCUAGACUUGGAAAUGUCUGCUCUCCAGUAUAUGAUUAAAGAAUACCCUGGAAAUGAGGAAGAGAGGAUGAGAGCAGCUGUUGGGAAAUUUGGACUGUCUGGGAAAGCACAGGUGAUGCCGAUGAAGAAUUUAUCUGAUGGGCAGAGGAGCCGUGUGAUAUUCGCAUGGUUAGCUUAUAGACAGCCUCACUUGCUACUUUUGGAUGAGCCAACUAAUCAUCUGGAUAUUGAGACAAUUGACUCGUUGGCUGAAGCAUUGAAUGAAUGGGAUGGUGGCAUGGUGCUUGUUAGCCAUGAUUUUAGGCUCAUAAAUCAGGUGGCCCAUGAGAUAUGGGUUUGCGCUGAUCAAACUGUGACCAGAUGGGAAGGUGACAUUAUGGAUUUCAAGGAGCACUUAAGGUCAAAGGCGGGUUUAUCUGACUGAAAGAUGCUAGUGAGACUGGGACACUAUUUUUGUCCAGUAAGUAUAUCGAUCGAAGCAUUACAUACUUCUAUUACAAUGUAGCGGGUGUUGCUGCUUGAGGUGAAUUGCUUUAUGGCGAUCACAGUUGAUCUAAAUGGCAGAGAAUCGGUAUAGAAAUCACGGUCUAAAAUUUUUAGCCGACAUUUCGUCCCCCGUUAGAUUGGUAAUUUUUAUUUUCUAUCAUUUGUUGUGCUUAUCCCAAUCGGGUUACUUGGUUGCUGACCAUCAUGAUAAUAGAUAACACGGGACAGUAUAUAUGAAUGAACUAGUUGUAUGCAGCUUAUGAAAUGAAAUGAUAUGCAUUAUAUUAACGGUAC